AAAAGCAAAGAAAGGGGGAAGGGAGAGAAACAGUGACAGACUAAAAACGGUAAAUCUGUUCAGGGAGUCAAUGUGCGGCGGCCCUGCAGCUGCCGAACUAGAGAUUGAACAACUGUCAAGGGAUGGAAGCCACUACAGUUUCUCCACUGGGAUUCUUCCAUCUCUGGGUGCCAGAAGCAACCGCAAUAUUAAGCUUCGCAACUUCAUCAUUUCCCCCUACGAUCGCCGCUACAGAGUUUGGGAGACUUUUCUGGUUAUUUUGGUUCUCUAUACUGCUUGGGUAUCUCCAUUCGAAUUUGGUUUACUGGAAAGACCAAAGUGGCCACUCACCAUUACUGAUAACAUUGUUAAUUGCUUUUUUGCCAUUGACAUCAUCCUCACAUUCUUUGUUGCUUACCUUGAUAAAACUACCUAUCUUUUUGUUGACAACCGGAAGAAGAUUGCUUACAAAUAUGCAACCUCUUGGUUGGCCUUUGAUAUCAUAUCCACAAUCCCCUCUGAGCUUGCUGCGAAGAUUUUCUCUGGACCAUUUCAGUCAUAUGGUUUAUUCAACAUGCUUCGUCUGUGGCGUCUUCGUAGAGUGAGUGCCUUAUUUUCCAGAUUGGAGAAAGACAGGAACUUCAACUACUUCUGGAUUAGAAUUGCCAAGCUAAUUUGUGUCACGCUUUUUGCUGUUCAUUGUGCUGGAUGCUUCUACUAUCUACUUGCUGCACGUUAUCAUGACCCAAAAAGGACAUGGAUUGGAGCCUCCAUGGAUAACUUCAUUCAGCAAAGCUUAUGGAUCCGCUAUGUGACAUCAAUUUACUGGUCUAUCACUACUCUUACAACUGUAGGAUAUGGUGAUUUGCAUGCUGAAAAUACAAGGGAGAUGAUUUUUGACAUAAUUUACAUGCUUUUCAACCUUGGACUAACAGCAUAUCUGAUAGGAAAUAUGACUAACUUGGUUGUCCAUGGUACUAGUAAAACUAGAGAAUUUAGAAAUACCAUCCAAGCUGCAUCAAAUUUUGCAAAGAGAAAUCAGUUGCCUGCUCGCUUGCGAGAUCAGAUGCUUGCACACUUGUCUUUGAAGUUCAGAACAAACUGUGAGGGACUGCAACAGAAGGAGACUCUUGAUUCCCUUCCAAAAGCCAUCCGAUCAAGCAUUUCACAUUUUCUCUUCUACACUCUCUUGGAUAAGGUGUACUUAUUUCGAGGCGUGUCCAAUGACAUGCUAUUUCAGUUGGUUUCAGAAAUGAAAGCAGAGUAUUUUCCUCCAAAAGAAGAUGUGAUUUUACAGAAUGAAGCACCUACGGACUUCUACAUACUUGUUACCGGGGCUGUGGAUGUGCUAGUCCUUAGAAAUGGAGCUGAGCAGGCAAGUUCAAAUGUUGAAGUUGUUGGAGAAGGUAAAACUGGUGACCUUUGUGGUGAGAUCGGUGUCCUGUGUUAUAGGCCACAGCUCUUUACAGUACGAACUAGACGAUUGACCCAGCUAUUAAGAAUGAACCGUGCCACGUUCUUGAAUAUUGUUCAAUCCAAUGUUGGAGACGGAACUAUAAUCAUGAAUAAUCUCUUGCAGCAUUUGAAAGAAAUGAAGGAUCUAGUGAUGGAGGAAGUCUUGCUGGAGACAGAAAACAUGCUUGCUUGUGGUAGAAUGGACCUACCUCUCAGCCUAUGCUUUGCUACACUUAGGGAGAUGACUUCUUACCCAAAUGAAUCAGACAAUAGCGGGCGGACUGCAUUGCAGCUUGCAGAGGAAGUGAGAAUUGUGUGCUUCUACUACUGGAUUAUCGAGCAGACCCCAACAGUAGAGGUAUUGCCUGGGGAAAGAUUUAUGCUAAGAGCCAACCGCUUAUACAUGCUUACAGAUUCAGAGGGAAACGUACCACUAUGGGAGGCCAUAAGGGCAAAUCAUGAACCAAUUAUCAAGCUGCUGACAGAUAAUGGAGCUACCAUAACCUCAGGCGAUGUGGGUCAAUUUGCUUGCACUGCAGCUGAGCAGAACAGCUUGGAGUUGCUAGAGGAACUUGUUCGUUACGGAGGAGACGUUACGCAUCCCAAAAGCAACGGAUGCACUGCUCUUCAUGUUGCAGUUUGUGAAGGAAACACUGAGAUAGUGAAGUUCCUAUUGGACAAUGGAGCGGACAUGGACAAAACAGACAACCAUGGCUGGACCCCGAGAGAUCUAGCAGAGCAACAGGGACAUGAAGAUAUAAAAAUCCUUUUCCAAUCAACCAAAGAGACCGAAAUCCCCCAACAGCGACGUGAAGUUCACUUCUCUGAGGGAUUUGCAAAUGAAUCAGCAAUUCGCCCCAUGUCCCGGAGGAAGGCAUAUCGA